CAGGCUGUGCUCGGGGGGUCUGCUCAUGGGAUCAUUCCUUCCCUGUGUGUCCUGUCUCUGCAGGUGCAGGCCGGCCCCCAGGUCCUCCACACCCCGGGUGCGCACCAGGCUUAUUUUCCAUGAAAAUAUCACCUUGUUGGGCAGACACUCACCCAGCAGAGCUGCAGUGACAAGAGGGGCUGGAUCUUCUGCACCGGGGUCUGGGUUGUAGCUGGAAGACAGCUACGGCUGUAGCUAUGGAGGCACAAGUUGAAGAAGGAGGGAAGCCUGGAAUGUGUCAGGAGGGAGGAGGCAAGCGGCUGCGUGAUGGAUUAGUGGAACUCAUUUUUUUUAAAUGUUUAAAAAAAUGAUAAAAAAGGGGAAUUAGUUAGCCUCCGCAGCUGGCGGGGCUGGGGUUAUUGAGGGUGGCUGGGAGAAGAGUUAAAAAUAGCAGGAAGGCCCAAGUGGAAAGUUUCUGUAACAUCACAAGUCAGGCAUUUGGUGCUUACCCGCCCUGACAGGCGGGAGCCCGUGCCAGAGCCCUCUCCACCAUCCUCAGUCCUUUCCCACUGACCUCCCUGCAACUUUUCACACGACAUCACCAGCCCUUCGUUUUGCUUAUUAACCCUUUGCUUCCAGACACCAGAUUUGCUUCCAGAAAGAGCAAAAUGAGUCAUGAGUUGCUUGGCCUGGGAGCGUGAGGGAGCAGAGGAACACAGGGCUUGUGCUGGCCCUCCCUGUGCCCCUGCACGCCACUGGAAGUGUGGGGAGCCCAGAGGGGCUGUAACCCCCCACGUACCCAUUCCUGUCUGCAUUUCAGCUUCCCCUCCUUAAAAAUUCCUCCUGAUCCCAGGGGCCCCAGGCGGAUUUCACCAGCAGCUCUGAGCUCUGUGCUGGGACUCUCUGGAUACACAGUUUGUCCUGGGCUGAGACAAGAUGGAUGAGCAAGACCUCUGAGCAAGCCCAGCUCACUGUGCUUGUCCUCGCUGCAAGAAAGCAGAUGUACCUGGCUGCUCCAACAGGGCUUUCUCCACUUUUGUUUGUCUUUCAGGAUUGACAAUGAGAGUGGCUGAAUUCAUUCCUUCUCCCUCUCAGAGCCCCAGGAGUUGUGUCUGGCUCUGAUGCUCCAGGAAGGCCCUUGAGCACUGAGCCUGCUGUGCAGGGGGUGGUCUGAGGGUGGUAGAGCAGGGUUUGGGCUGCAAACAAUUUUGGUUUUUGGCAGAGUUGUCAGUGGCUGGGGCAGACCAUGAGGGGUGAGAAAAUACUGCUGGCAUGGCUGGGGAUCAGGCUGGACUCUGGUUCACGCCGAACAGGAGCUGGGCACGACCCUCACUCGAUUUUAAAGUGUUUCUCUGCUUUCCCAGCUGCUUGCAUGGUCCUGGGUCCCAGAAAGAGCAUCUGGGCCCUCCCCACUGAAAGCCAGUCCAGGACCUUGGGGGCACUGAGAGGGUGGCACAGCUAACACAAGUCAGGCUUCCCUCCACCCACCUUGUGCCCCCUGAUGCUGUCAUGCAGGGGACAGAACCCCUCUGAGCACAAAGUAUCAGCACCACACUCCUGCUUCUCCUCCUCCUCUUCACACUGAAACAGCCAAAGUGCAGCAGCUUGUUCUUGCUGGUGUGCCCAGUGUGGGGUCAGAGCAGUGCCGGCACAGGGCCGGUGCUGGGGCAUUUUUGGGCACUGCUGCCAGUGCCAUAGUGCUGGCAAAGGCCUGGAUCAACCCACAGGUUCGAAUAAAACCAACUCUUUCUCUCCCCAGCUCCAGGACAGACCCCGGCCUCGAGUUCCAUCACCAGGUCUUGGCGAUGGCACUACAUGGCUGGGCUUCGGGCUGACAAAGCACAUCCCCCGGGCAGGGGCUCGGCUCUCUCCUUACUUGGCGGACCUGGGCUGAGCAGGCCCCUGGGAGCACGGCCGGGCACCGGGAGGACCCUGCCCCACACAGGAACGGAGCAUGGCAGAGCCCGCGCCCCCGGCAGCACAUCCCGCGGCAUCCCGGUGAGACCGCUGCUCCCCGGGACCGAGGGGAUACAUCCCUGGGGAAGUCACCGUUCCCCGGCACCGCAAGCCCCGCGGGGACCUCGGGGACCGGGACAGGGCAGCCGGGCCGGGCCGGGGCCGGUGCGGGCGGGGAUGUGUCCGGCGGAGGAGGGACCGGCGCGGUGAGGGGCUCCACCCCCGGGGCUUAAAGAUCGGGGCGGGCGAAGCGCGGCCGUCCCGGGGAAGUUUUGCCCGAGUUGCCGCCAGUUCAGAGCGGGAGCGGAUCCAGGAGCGAGACCGGGAGCGGGAGCGGCGCGAUCGGAAGCUACCGGGAGCCGGUGCCCCUCGGGGUGACACACCCCCCCGCCCACCCUCCAUCCCCUCUGCCCUCGGUGCCGGUGAUGACGCUGAACACACAGCCCGGGAACAGGAGCCCGCUGCGGCGGAGGGCCAGCACCCCGCUCCCGAGGCCGGGGGGCACUGGGGCCACCUCGCGGCGCGAGCCCUGUCACCCCCAGCUCGGCCACACCGCCUCCGAGCCGGGCGGCAGGGUCCCCCGCGGCAGCUGGUCCUCCGACUCCUCGGGCUCCUCCGGCCCCCGGGAGCCCCGGUACCGGGUCGUGCUGCUGGGUGACCCCGGCGUCGGCAAGACCAGCCUGGUCAAUCUCUUCGCUGGCGUUCAGGAGCGGGAGCUGCUGGAGCAGCACGGAGAGGCUGCAUACGAACGCACGCUGACCGUGAAUGGAGAGGAGACCACGCUGCUGGUGCUGGACAUCUGGGAGCCGGAGCAGCGGGGUGAGGAGAGCCAGCGCCGCAGCCGGUGCCUGCAGGUGGGGAACGCCUACGUCAUUGUCUACUCCAUCACCGACCGGGGCAGCUUCGAGAGCGCCUCGGAGCUGCGCAUCCAGCUGCGCCGGGCACGCCAGGCCGAGGACAUCCCCAUCAUCCUGGUGGGGAACAAGACCGACCUGGUGCGAUGCCGCGAGGUCUCCGUCGAAGAGGGCCGAGCCUGCGCUGCCGUGUUUGACUGCAAGUUCAUCGAGACAUCGGCGGCUCUGCAGCACAACGUGGACGAGCUCUUCGAGGGGGUGGUGCGGCAGAUCCGCCUGCGCCGUGGGGGAAAGGAGUCCCACCCGCACCCUGCACCCGGCCAGAAGCACAAGGAAAGCCUCAGCAGGAGAGCCCGGCACUUCCUUGACAGGCUGGUGGCCAGGAAUAGCAGCAAGGGGGCCCUCAAAGUCCGCUCCAAGUCCUGCCAUGACCUGUCUGUGCUCUGAGAGCAACCAUCCCGUCCCUCCGAACAUGCUAGCUGGGACUCUCCUCUCUUCCAACAGCGUGGCCAGUGGCUCCAUGGAGAGCCCAGACAGGACCGGAGCGAUGCUGAGGACAUGGAGCUGUUUUCAUCAGUGCUCAGGGUUGCUGAGGUGCUCUGGAUCUGGCUGCAUCCCCUCCAGGAGAGGGGACAAGUGGGACUGAGUCCAUGGAGCAGAGGGUGGGACAGGUACCUGCACUUGGGGUGAUGGGAUUUUGGAUCCCAGCUGCUCCUGGGGAGCCGGAGGUGAGGGGUGGCCAUGCCCCAGUGCAGGGCUGAAGGUUGCCAGGAGCAGGGCAGGUCCUGCUUGUGGUGCCCAUCCUUUGCAGGGCAUAGGGACUGGCGAGAGCACCAUAGCAGUGUCCACCUCGGACUUCCUGGAGCCUGGCCAGGGAGAGGGGACAGGGAGCACUGGUAGCAUUGCCUGGCACCCCGGCCCUGCUGUGCCAGGGCUUUGUUCCAUGUGUCCCUGGCACCAGUGUUUCUCAGAUGGAGGGUUUUGUGCUGUCUCUGUACUGGUGCGAUGGGGAAACCCUCAAUCUGCAGAAUAAACCGCAUCAGGGAGGUG